AUGGACGGGAAGACUUGGUCUCCUGAAGUCGAAGACAUUGAGGCGAUGGUCACGGAAGUCUCGAAGACAUCGCAAAGCGCCGAUGUCGCAGAGAUUGCACUGGAAAAACAUCGUUCCUCUAGCAAGUCCAUGAACCUCAUGGUCGCGGCGACCAAAAGCAUUGAACAGAAGCUUGAGAAGCGUCAAGAGAUGGUGAGGAGCAGCCAACAUGAGUGGUGGACCUACAAAUUUGCUCACAUGACUGCAUGGGUCGUUCAGAUUCUAUUCUCCCUUGCCUCGCUCUUGUUGCUAGUUCUCUGGAUUCGACAUGUUCAUCCUGAGGCCUAUGUCGUGACCUUUUUCGUGAUGGUGAUUGCAGCUUUGGCCUAUUUGGCCAAGGUGACAGGCAUGGGUGACGCGGUAAUCGGAGGCAGAAAGGUACCAAUUAUCAGGUACAUUGAUUGGAUUGCCACUACUCCAUUGAUGCUUUUCGAGCUCUGCAUGAUUGGUGGAGCAGAGAAGCAUACCUUCUUCAUGGUCAUUGGCUGCGACCUGAUGAUGCUGACGGGAGGCAUUGUGAGUGCCAUGAUUGUGCCGAAAAAGAAGGUGGCCUUGAAGUAUCUUUGGUUCGGCUCAUCGGUUCUCUUCUUCUGCCUCAUGAUCGCAGCUUUGCAGGUGGAUGUGGCCAACGGUACCGUGAAGAAGCGUCCUCCAGAUGUGCAGCAGCUCUUUAAAAGGCUCGAGUGGCUGACGAUCAUUUCAUGGACCGGCUAUCCUAUUGUAGUGCUUUUGGGUCGUGCUCAUGCAGGUCUCAUCUCCAAAGGAAUGGAAGAUGCAUUGCUUUGCAUGCUUGACUGCAUCUCCAAAAUUGGCAUGGAAGGCUUUGUGGUUGUGGCAAACCUGGAAGACGAUGUGUCCAAAGCGAUUGACACGGUGAAAGGCACCAUGGGCAUUGCGCACACGAGAUGGGCCACCCAUGGAAAGCCCUCAGAUAUCAACGCGCACCCUCAUGCAACGACGCAGUCGAGCAUUGCAGUGGUGCACAACGGAGUCAUUGAGAACCACCGAGCGCUCAAAGAGCAGCUGUCGGGCAAGGGCUACCAGUUCAUCAGCCAGACAGAUACUGAACUCCUGGCUCACCUCGUCGAGGACCUCAAAGGGCAGAUGGGGAAUGCCAGUUGGCUCGAGGUGGUCGCUACAGCACUGCUGACAGUGGAAGUCUCACGGAACCAGAAGCGUCAGAUGAGAGGAGGUGCAUUCGGCUUACAGGACUUGCCCAGCUUUCGCAACGUCUCCAGCUUUCGUCCCAGUGGCAGCGUUCCAAGCAGCAGCAUUGGCAGCGAGAUGAGGGAGGAGACCCAGGUCACGGAUCACUUGCAGAACGCCAUCGAGAAGAUUGAGAAGGAAUCCAUGCGCUACAAGCAGAGAGUCCUGAAGCCAUGGCUGGACGAAGAGGGCCAACCUCGCUGGUGGCGAUCGCGGAUUUGCAUCGCACGAUGGGUGCAAAGUCAAAGCUUCGAGACCUGUAUGGGCUUCGUCAUCUUCGUGAACAUCGUGCUGAUGAUCAUCGAAACCAACUCUGAUGCAGCAUGCUUUCCAGACUAUAGUUCGAACAUCGAAGGUUGCUCGCAUCAUAGCAGAAACAAGGUCUGGCUUCAAGUUUGCAUCAUUCUUUUGCAAAUCAUCUACACCGUCGAGUGUGCUCUUCGAGCAUAUGUCGAGCUGGGGGAUUACCUUUGGAACUGGUGGAACCAAAUUGACCUCUGGACAGCAGUGCUGGGCUGGAUCGCAGUGGCCUUGAACUCUGUGAAUCUGAACAUCUUGAGGAUUCUGCGUGUGCUUCGUCUGGUGCGCGUGGGUCGAUUGGUGAUCUCGGUCCCAGAGUUGUAUGUCUUGCUCAGUGGGUUGACUACAUCAUUUAAGCCCAUUUUCUUUGGGUCAAUCAUGCUCAUUUCUGUGAUUCUGGUAUGGUCAAUCAUUGUGGUCGAGUUGCUGCAUCCUCUCAAUUCAGAGAUGCAGUAUGUGGACUGCCCACACUGCAGUGAGGGCUUCAAGAGUGUCUACGUAGCUGCUCUCACCUUGUUUUCGCAGAUCGUGGCUGGAGAUGCCUGGGGCUCAAUCUCAAUUCCUUUGGCCCAAGCACACUGGUGGGCAUCUCCCAUUCUCUUCUUCAUCAUGAUGACCGUCUCCUUGGGUGUGAUGAAUCUCAUUCUCGCCACUGUGGUGGAAAAAGCUGCAGAAGCACGAGAGAACGAUCAAGAGCGAAAGAGUCGGCUUCAGGAUGAGGUACGGCAGAAGGACAUGAUCGAGCUUGCUGUGCUGUGCGAUCGCAUGGACAAUGACGGCAGCGGAACCAUUUCUCUCCAAGAGCUGUUAGAUGGCUAUGAUUCUGAUCAGGCGAUUCAUGAGGUGAUGAAGCGAAUGAACAUCGACAGAGAUGACAUGCAGACGAUCUUUCGAGGACUGGACGUGGAUGCAUCUGGUGAGCUGGAUUAUGUGGAAUUCUGCCACCAUUUGGGUAGCUGCAAGAAGCAAGAUCCACUCAUGCUCUCAAUCCUGACCAAAUACGCAGUGAUGGAAGUGAGGACACUGAUCGAAGGGGAAGUGAUGAGAGUUCUUCGUGAGCAGACGGACAUGAUCCGAGAUCAAUUUGACCUCUUGUGCAAGCUUCCUGGAUGUGAAGCCACAGCCAAUGAGCUCAAACAGAAGUCGUUGGCUCGGAUAUCCCCUGAGAGCAGGAGGCGACAAAGUCUAAGACCUCGAAGACAGCGAGAGAGUGGAGGUCGAGAGUACAUUCGAGCGUCUCUUGCUGAGCAAGCUUCAUCUUCCAUCUCCUCGUACCACAUGCGGCCUGGGUCGAAAGACAACUUCCACGAGCAAGUCGAAACGAUUUCGGAGUCCAUGUCGGCCGUCAGCAAAACGUUUCAGGGCAUGCAGAACCAGCUGGAGACGCUGCUGUCCAACGCCGAGCAACUCGCCACGGAGCUCUCCGAGAACAUCAACGCCGCCGAGAACGGCGCUCUUCUGCCGCUCCCGCGCGUCACGGAAGAGCGUGACGCGUCCGAGUCGGUCGAGGAGUCGAUUCGCCCGGCAGCGACUCUUCGUGGCUUCGACCAGAGAUUCGUGGAGUUGUUGAGAAAGGUCAAUCAUCGGUCCGCGAGAGAAGAAGCUUUGCAGAAGAAGCUCAUGGACAUGAUGAAGUCCAUCUCAUCCAUGUUGGAGGAACCCCACGUGGUUCAACACGAGCUCUGA